GAGGGCGAGGCUGACCAGGGAGCAGCGGGAGCUGCAUCGGUUCCGGAACGUGCUGCGGAAGGACGACUUCAUAUGCUUGGAGAGGGUCAAGGGCCAGCUCGUCAACAUCCUCGCCGGCCUGGAGCUCCACGCCGGCGUGUUCAGCACCGCCGAGCAGAAGCGCAUCGUCGACUGCGUCUACGGCCUGCAGGAGAUGGGCAAGCGCGGGGAGCUUGGAGAUCGUACAUAUACAGAACCUGAGAAAUGGAUGCGUGGUAAAGGGCGGGUAACAAUUCAAUUUGGAUGCUGUUAUAACUAUGCUACGGACAGGAAAGGAAAUCCACCAGGCAUCAUUCGAACUUUUGUUUCUGAUCCGAUCCCUGAACUAUUUAAGGUCAUGAUCAAGAGAUUGGUAAGGUGGCGUAUUCUGCCAACGGAUUGUGUGCCAGACAGUUGCAUUGUCAACAUGUAUGACCCUGGAGAUUGCAUCCCACCACAUAUAGACAGCCAUGAUUUUGUUCGACCAUUUUGUACUGUUUCAUUCCUCAGUGAAUGCAACAUACUUUUUGGGUCUAGUCUGAAAAUCGCUGGUCCUGGAGAAUUUACGGGCUCAUUUGCAAUUCCUCUGCCCGUUGGGUCUGUGCUCGUCAUAAAUGGCAAUGGUGCUGAUGUUGCAAAGCAUUGUGUUCCAGCGGUACCAUCCAAAAGGAUAUCCAUUACCUUCAGAAAAAUGGAUCCUGCAAAGCGUCCAUUCAGUUUCAAGGAUGAUCCUGAACUGCUGAACAUUACUCCUCUCGAAGCACCAGCUGCACCCGAGACUAGCAGAUCCUCGGAUGAAGGCAAGGGGAAGCAGCUUGGCGUACAAACUCGGGAUCCAGGCAGCAGAUCAUCCAGAAGCAGGAAAUCCAAAGGAAGAACGACACCUGCUGGAAAGGCUGGAUGGGGGGGCAUUCUUGGAGACCAACCUCCACAGCACCCACAGAGCCCCAUCUCCAGUGUGAGCUCUGAGAGAGAGAGGGACUCCAUUGGGAGGUCGAGAGAGCCAAGGUAUCCACCGGGUUCUGACAGAGAAAGGGACUCCGUUGAGAGGCCGAGAGAGCCAAGACAACCGCAUGACACGCCAUCUCAUGGCGAGGACCUCAGAGACCGGCUGAACAGGCCGCCUCAUGAGAGGACGCCUGGCAGCGGCGUGUUCUUCGUCAACAACGGCGCGGACUCCCAGGCCAGGGGGCAACGGAUGGAGCACAGGCAGCUACAGAUGAUCAACCGCACCAUCAACGACGACAUGGACUCCCUCUCCGUCGGGAGCCACGAGUCCUCUGACCAGCCCCGUGUCAGCGUGCGGACCAUACACAACAGACCAAGGACCAGAAUAAACCUGGGCUGGUAGCCAGCCAUACCAUGUGUGACCGACCAUGUCUGUACUCAAAAUCUUCAGACGCAAUGUCUGGAAAAGUUUAUCGAUACCUGGAAACUGGGAAGGGAAAGUUGAGAUGUACAUUUCAGGAACUGAAAUUCACUGAUAGAUACUGUAGUCAGGAGCCUAUUCUGUAGAUAAUCAGAGCUGUUAUUUUUUUCCUGGAAUGCUGUAAUUGUGUCUUGGUGUGGAUGUUGCGUUGCGUGGGCUGGAUUAUUGAUGGCUGAAUAAUAUUGGCUGGGUGUAGGGCAGGAGUUUUUCCUGGAGUUAAUAUGCUGUGAUUGUGUGCCGGGUAACA